AUGGACUCUGAUUCUGAGAGUUAUGGAGAUGAGUUUGUAUUGGACCCAGCGGACAGAGAUGCUAGCUGGGACGAUGUUUUGAGCCAUGAAGAAGAAGAAACGCUGAAGCUUAUCAAAACUCAAGAUCGGCAAAAGUGGAUUGUGAAACUACAAUUUAAGCAAAAUGGAGAAAUUAGGGAAGGAAACGGCUUUUAUGUCAACAUGCCACAUCCGACCCAUCAUGUAAUACUUACUGCGGGCCAUAAUCUUGCCGGCGUGAAACAAGAAGAUCUGGUAAUAAAUCCAGCUCCGAAGAAUGCAUCUUCUAGUAUGACAAAAUGCUAUGUCUCUCCUGCACAAAAUAAGUCUCCCGCGAAGCAGGCGAAAAACAAUAAAGCGACUCAAGAGCAAGAAGAUAAUGAUUUCGGUGUUAUUUUAGUGGGAAAGAAUCCGAAGAAUCCAUAUCUCGGCUUUGGAUUUGCUCUGAAACUUGGGCAUGAUGCACUUGAUAAAGCUAAUCUUGAUUUCACCGGCUGCAAGGAGGCCGACGACAAUGGCGCAUUUACAAGCGAGGGAAAAUGCAUCGCUUGUCUACCUAAUCAGCUUGAAUAUGACAUGGAAACAGAGAAAGGCCUUAGCGGAGCGCCUGUGGUCAUGACACAUAAAAAUCACGAUACUGCUGUUGCUAUCCACAAUUACGGUCCUUUGAAUGGCAGAAAAAGCAGGGGGACUCGCAUAAACGAAAAGCUUCUAGACGAGGUCUACGGCUGGAUUCAAAUAGGCUUCUACGACAAAGCGCUUCAAGCUUCUAUGACUAAUAUUAGCCCACUGAGAGAGCGUCUAUAUCUCGUCUUCACUCCAGAUAGUAAUCGUGCAGUGGUAAGACUCGGCUACGAUCAAGAAAUGGUCACCAAGUUCGAUAUCUUGCCUGCCUAUGCGCCACCUUCAAACUAUGGGUUUCCAAACGAUUUUCGAUACGCCUUCCGCCUGAAAUCACCAACAGGGAAGCUACUGGAGGAUCGCUGGGUAUUCUGGAACGCUGCUAGACAAACCGUCAGCUUGACCAGAAACCUUAGAGAUUUCUGCUUUGCGAGUCUUCUCGAGGAUAAGAUACGGAAACCUGGGGAACCAGAAAAGAAUAGCGAUGAAAUGGUCUUUUAUGUCCAUGUUGAAAUGCAAAACGAUCAAAAAGAGUCAACGGAGCUAAAAGAACUUCGAAUGAGAGCCGCAGACCUCACAGAAUCAGACCUCGUGCUAGACUCUCUGGAAACUUCCGAGGUCUUCUUUGAGAGGCACAAACGGGGCAAAUACUUGUAUGGAAAGAUUCCAUGCAUGCCUGAAGUUCUGAAUAAGCCAGCGAUUAAGAGGGAAGAAUUCGACUUUAACUUGUUUCGCUUCUACUCCGGGUGA